CUGCAAAUCAGAGCUGAAUCCCACAUGAAUUGGAGGUGGUGCAAUGGCUAGACUCUCAGUUCUUUACCGAAGUGUUGCAGCAUUACGAGAAGGCGCCGGAGCUAAGGCUAACAGAUCUCAGGCUGUCGCCAGCCAGUGCGCAGGGGGAUAAUUAUGCGAGUGUCAUGUUCCGUGCUUGCGUGAAGUACUCAACCGACAAAGGAAGUACUUCCAAGUCGCUAAUAGUCAAGGCAAUGCCGGAACUGGGCGCCAUGAUGAAAAGGAUGGUGGGUGAGUCACACAUAUUCCACACGGAGAUCGCCAUGUAUACCGAAGUUCUGCCAAAGUUCGAGGCGGUGCUGCGAGAGGCAGGCGAGGAGACGGCGCUCUGUGCGCCUUGCAUAUACCACAGUUUGGAGCCACGGCAGCUGCUGAUCCUCCGUGAUCUGCUGCCUCUGGGAUACCAAGUGAUUCGCAAUUGACCUCUCUCCUCGGUCGAACUGCGCUCCGCUAUGGAGAAGCUGGCCAAAUGUCACGCAGUUAGCCACAAACUACUGAAAGAAGGUCCGGACUUUUUUAAGGACCAAUAUAAUAUGACCAAUAGAAUAUGGUCAUGUUACCCAACUUUCUGAAUCAAAGCUUCAUAACCAACGCUUUGCCCAAC